GCGCUGGUUGCUUGGUGAUGUAACUGAUGUUGAUGUUAUGCAUAGGCAUCCCAGCACUCUCCGAGCCUCAUAUGGAAUAGAUAUACCUAUAUUCCCUGCCUGUUGGUCUGUGUUGAGCGUUAUUGGAAAAGAAUUCAAUCUGCAGCGAAUUGUAUUCCCAAACUUGAUUUCACUACAAUAAUGGACAGCCCCGGGCCCAAACAUCGGAAUGCUCCAAUAAAAGCUGCCCGGCCGCGGAGCUCCACCAAAGGGCCACUGGAUGCACCAGAUGACUCUAGUACCCCUACAACAACACUCCCCACAAGACCAAAAUCCCAACAUCUUCCAAGCCGCUCGAGUCCAUCCCCGACUUCCCCACAUCCUUCGUUGUCCACGUUGUCAACCAUAGAUAUCAUACCCUUUCCUGUGAAUAAGAACCUAUCAUUCCUCCUGCGACCCGACAUCUACCAUCCUCUAUCGCUACUAGAUAUAUCACCGGCGUUCCGUUCGGAAUUCCCCACGCCUUCUCCAAAUGAACCUUUAACUACUUCCCUAACGACUCUUGAUAAUCUCUUGAAUGCUGGCCACUUCCUACUUGCCGCUCAUUUCUCAGCGACCAUUUUAUCAUCAUCCGCAAUACCCCACAAUGACCAAAAUACGAUAUUUUCUCUCUUAUACAUCCGACUUGCAUGCCUAGAGCUGACGGGAAAUAGCCUGUUAGCAGCACAGGAAGCAAAAGCGCUGGAGGAUUUAAAUUCUGCGUUUUACAUUGUCGAUACCAAACUAGAAAACGAGACAGUAGCCAAGGACGCUUUUCCAGCUGACCAGGCUCGACAUAUCGUCCCAUGGUCACUUCGUGUUCUUGCAGCGAGGUUACAAAGCAUUGGAUUCGGAGACUCAAGACGAGGUAUUGCUGCCCUAUACGAGCUUGGAUUAGAAGCUAGGAAGCAACUAUCACGCCAGGGACUUACAGAAGAUGAGAGAAAUGUUUGGAAAACAAGAUUAGAGGAUUUAGGUAUCAGAGUCGUGAAUUCAUUAAUAGAAAUGAAUGACUUAGACGCUGCGCGGCGGUCGCUCGCAAACUUGAAAACCCCACCUAAGGAGCAAGCUUUAGCGACCACACGGAUGGCACUGCUGUAUCUCAAGAUUGGCAAUGUUGAAUCUGCGCGAAAGCUGUUAGAUGAUACUUCAGUCGAGGCAGAGGGGCCUUUGCACUGCCUGUUAGCCAUGGCAGAAGGUCGAUAUGCUGAUGCAGUCGUGGGGUGGGAAGCGCUUCGUGCAAGCCAUAUUGGACAUGAAGAUGAAGCUAUAAUUGCACAGAACCUUGCUGUGUGCUUAUUAUAUACAGGCAAGCUAAAUGAGUCUCGCGACCUUCUUGAAUCGUUGGUGAACAACAAUCAUUCUUUUCGAAGUCUUACGUUCAAUCUAGCUACCAUAUAUGAGCUAUGCUCUGAAAAUUCUAGGUUUCUCAAAUUCAACUUGACUGAGCGGAUUGCCAGCCAACCCCCGUCGAGAUACCGGAAUUGGGAAAAGCCAAAUGCGGAUUUCAAGAUAUAAUAAAGGUGCCUUUCGCCAUUAGAGAAUAAUUCCUAAAAAGAAGCAAAACCCAACCCAAACGCCGAAACUCCACGCUCAAAGUCUAAAGAAAGGACCAUCCACCCGGGCUGCCAAUGGCAGUUUAAUUGCAUCACAUAUCGUGCGAGCGGCAGGCCAAAUAUAUAUUUAUAUAUAUAGGCAACGCCAAGUCCGGACAUUCCUGCGCGCUGUUUGUUACUUUUUCGGUUCAACAUUUGGCUUCCUGACUCUUAUCAGAACUUUAUCACCUUCUCUUUUCCAUCCCAGGCCUUCCCUUUCCACCAAAGUUUCCCAUGUCCAACCUUCAUUCUCACCCGCGCAGCAUUCCACCAAGUAAUUCACGUCCACUGACAGAUAUGCCCUCCCCACUGCUUUCAAUGCUCGCCUGCGUACACUGUCGACCGCCCAAUUCAGUAAUGCCUUUGUGUAUGCAUUCUCGUUCCGUUUGGUUCUCCAAAAUAGCACCCAGUUGUCAUGCAUUAUCGCUCUGAGAACAUUGUCAACGGAAUUAUUGCGAUACCCGAAUGCGACUUUUGCACGCGCUCGGAGUUCAUAUGCAGCCGGCAUAUCGUCUUGUCGGCAAGCAUAGUCAAGGAUCAAGUAGGUCGUGAACUCGUGUAGGUCAGAUGGGUCCAGCGGGUUGGUAGACGAGUGAAGGUGCUUCAGCAGGCGCUGUAGCGGAGGGUAGUAUGAAGGUGGGUGCUGAGCGAGGAUUGAUACGCGUAUGCAAAAUAUAUGGACGCGCUGAGAAAAUGCGAUGGGGGUUUUGGAGCUCGUUGCUAGAAUGGCUUCCCUCAGCUUUCGGAGGGAAAGGAGGAGGACGGAAAGUUCUUCAGCCGGCGGUGCAUGCUGCUCUAGUGUGGUAGAACUUUUAGUCCCCGCCGUCGGAGAAGUAGGUUUGGUUGGUGGUUUUGGUGAUCGGGACCGAGACCUAGCUCUAGACGCUGGUCUUAUUGGUAUAGGUACAGGAGGGUUUUUGGUUGGGUCUUCAGAACGAUUUCUAGGGAGUGAGCCGAAUGCGGCAUCGAGGUUGCAGGAAUGGACGUUGCAAAAGUGUACAUAUCUGUCGACAAUCUUCUUGUAAUACUGUUCCUGGGCCUUGGGUUCAAGAAGCCUGCAUAAAACGCGUUGGUGAAUCCUAGUCACGAAAGCAAAUAUAUAUAUAUCCAUUCGCCCUUUGGUAUUUUGAGAACAUCACCUACUUUGUAUCUCCCUUUGAAAUAAACCCGACCUGGCUGAGCGAAUCAACGCCGGAUUUAUUUGCUGUGCCCCAGCUGGCAGUAGGCUUUCGUAAUCGUAACGUAUCCUCCAUCGCGUGUUUUAGAAAGCAAUCUUUGUCUAAGUUGUGCCGAGUGUGAUUCGGUCAUGGCGCGCCAUUCUGGCCCAACAUCUCCUG